AUGAGGUUUCUGGUAUGGUUCGAAUCUAGCAGUAACAAGGCAAAAUCUCUGCGAUGCAUUCCGAGAGCGGAGUUGGAACGCCUCCUUGGCCUGGCCCAUUGCAAGAUCAUCAGUUCGAUUUCGAACAGUGUCAUGGAUUCGUACGUGCUGAGCGAGAGCAGCUUGUUCGUGUCUGACAGUCGGUUUCUGCUGAAAACCUGCGGCAGGACGACGCUGUUGCGCACCGUUGAGCCACUGCUGAAUCUGGCAAAGGAUUACUGCAAUCUCGACGGAAUCACGAACAUGUUUUAUUCGCGAAAAAACUUCAUGCGACCCGAAUUACAGCCGUAUUUGCAUCAGAACUUCGAAAAUGAAGUCGUGGUCUUGGACAAAUUUUUCGACGAUGGAGCGGGUUACUGCCUCGGUAGACUGAACAGUGACCGAUGGUACCUGUACACGCUGAAUCCCUCACCGGGUGUGAUAUCAAUCGCUGACCAGACCGUUGAAAUUCUGAUGUCCGACCUUGAUCAGUCUAUCAUGAGCAACUUCACGAUGAGUGUUUCUUGUACUGCUGCGGAAGCACGCAAAUUAUCGGGCAUGGAUAAACUGUUUCCACCAGACCUGAUAAUCGACGAGAAACUGUUCAGACCAUGCGGUUACAGCAUGAACGGCAUUCUGGGCGAGAAGGACAGUUACAUAACAGUGCACAUCACGCCGGAGCAGGACCAUUCGUACGUCAGCUUCGAAAGCAAUAUCCGCUUUCCGCAUUACCACGACCUUGUCGCUCUUGCCGUGUUCCUUUUCAAGCCGAGGCGUUUCAUCUGUACUAUUUUUGCCAAGCAGGGAUCCAAAGAAUAUCGUCGUACAAAAAAAGAGUUUUCAGAAAAGUCCAUUCCGGGUUUCAAGAUGUGCGACUUGCAACUUCUUAGCCUGCCAAGUCACGCGUUGAUUUACGCUCAGUUUCAAAAGCAUGCUUACGUAAAUUCUGCCAAAAAGCUAAUUGAAUGA